CUAGACAACACGGUAUUACUUGUAAACAUGCCUACCAACAAUGCCGGCUUCACAUGCCACAACUAGUUACAAAAGACAUGGUUCAGAGUAACUGAAGCUUCCGUCUGCUAGUCUAAGGGUGUCAGAGAUAUAAGAAAACUAGCAUGCCUGGAAUGGAGGAUUUGGUCAAACUGUUCAAUGUAUGGGAAAUUCAGCUGUUUGUGCUCCUCAGUUUCACACUACAAAUUUUCUUGUUCUUUACUGGCAGCCUUCGACGGCAUAGCUGCAGCAUGCUACUAAGACUCUCCAUUUGGGCAGCUUAUCUCGGGGCAGACUUUGUAGCAGUGUAUACCCUUGGCCUCAUCUCACGACUUGGGGAUAUCACCACUGAAAUGCAUACACCAGGGGAAAUAUCACCACUGGCUUUCUUUUGGGCACCAUUUCUUCUCAUCCAUAUUGGCGGGCAGGACACUAUUACUGCCUUUGCCAUGGAAGACAACAAUUUGUGGUUGAGGCAUUUGCUGAAUCUGGUGGUGCAAUCUGUCUUAGCUAUAUAUGUUUUCUGGAAGUCCAUUGGAAGACACAGCCCGGUGCUUAUAGUGUCUGGUGUCUUUGUGUUUGUUGUUGGAAUUAUCAAGUAUGCGGAAAGAACUUGGUCUCUCAAGAGUGGUUGCUACAAAAUCUUUGAGAGCUCAAGUGGACAUCAUUACAAAAAGUUGCCACACCAUGAUAGCGCAGAGAAGAUGGACAAGGAUGGGUAUGAUAGCAUUGUUUACAUAACUCUGUGUUCAAUGCCACGUGCCCAUAAUAUCAUUUGUGGACACGACAUCUUGUCUAGUGAAGAGGAUAUUGAUCUUGUCUCCUCAUGGUGGUCAAUCGGAGAUGACAGCAAAAAGGUGAUCAAGAUAGUCGGUAUUAUUCUUAGUGUGAUGUAUGCUGAUCUGUACACUAAGGCUCUCGUGGUCAGAACAAGGAGUGCUAUCAUACUUAGAUGCAUCUCUCAGAUGUCCGCUGUUGUUGCUUUCGCUAUGUUCUUUGCAAGUGACAAGCAAAGGUAUAGCAAAACUGACAUUGCAAUCACUUAUUCCCUUUUUUGGGGAGGUUUUUUCCUAGAACUCUGUGCGAUGUUUAUUUUCAUGAUGUCACCCUGGACAUGGGCAUGGCUGAAGGUUCGGAAGUGGGAUAAGCUUGCCAUGCUGUCCUGGCUUAUUUUUUCCAGUGACCUUGGAUGGUCGGAGAAGAAGCAAUGUUUUGUCAGGUCAAUGGGACAGUACAACUAUUCGAGCUGGAUGACUGGCAAUACCCGAGCCAGAACAUUCAGUCAAGGAGUGAUGGCCAUGGUCAAAUGGUUUGCGGGUUUGGUCCAUGUUGAAAAGAAGAAAAUAUUUUGGAUGAGCAAGCUGUUAGACACAGAGUGCGUGGAUGUGGAUGAGUUCACAAUGGAGUGUAUUGCAGGGCAGAUUCGUCUCUUUAGGGAUGUAAACUCCCUUGUAGGCUACAUUAGAUUAAGCAUGCUAUGGAAUAACUUGUUGGCAAGUAUUCCAGAUUUUGGUAUUGGUAUUGUGGCGUUGCAUGUAUUGACUGAGAAACAUUUGAGUGAAGUACAUGAGGCAAACACUGCAGGAGUGGGUAUGAACAUGAUGGAGGUAUGCCGGAAACUAUCCAGAUACAUGAUGUACCUUUUGGCUACCCACCCUUCUAUGCUGCCGCUCAGUGCUAGCCCGGAAGCUAUAUUUCUUAAGGAUCCCAUAGAGCUUGAGUUUAUAGUCCAUGGGGUUCUGGGACUUGUCUUGCCAUCAAACAGGAAAAAAUUGCUCGAGGAGUUAGCUUCCGUGUGGGCGAGGCUCCUUAUUUACGCUGCAGGCAAGUCGAGGCCGGAGAGGCACAUGGAACAACUGAGCACAGGAGGGGAGUUCAUCACCUUCGUCUGGCUGCUCAUGUCCAGCCAUGGCCUCGGAGAUUCACAAUUGAAGAGGAUUGGACUCACCAAUACUAAUCCUCAAGAAAGGAGUCUGCAACAGGUAUACGCCUUCCCUGAUCAUGAAGCAGAUUCACUGGAAGAUGCAGCAAAUUCAUCGGAAGAACCUAGCAGCAGCGAGGGUGAAAUAGGAAGAGUGAGAGAGCGGGGUGAAAUAAACGGAUGAUCCAUCUGCGCCGCUUCUUGUACGUCAUGGCAUUUCUGUCUAUCUUAAGCUGGCGUCUUGGUGUGCUUCUUCUACCGUGUGAAUUGCAUUUUGGUGUGUGUGAUCAAAUAAAGCAGGUCUGCCGUUACUUUGUACUACUAGUCUGACUGUGCUACUGAUGUUUGUACUGCAUGUGCGUUCAAAAACUUGUAAUAAAUCGAAAGCGAAUAGUCCGGAUUUUUAACCCGAUAAUGCAUCGAUUGCUUGAGUCGGGUUCUGCUCUACGUUUAAAUUUGCUCCAGGCUCGGUUCAACUAGCUGUGUAAGACUUGCAUAUUGUUUCGACUGGUUUUACCUGUAG